AUGUCAGGAAGAACGACAACAACAGCCGCAGCAGGAACAGCUGCCAAACAAGAUUUCACAUUCUUAAAAACCGGUCGCAUCAAUUUAACUAUUCUCCGUGAAUACAUCAUUCAAGAAAUCAAGCGUUGUACAAAUCUAUUUCAUACAGAGAAAAGUAACCUACCAAAACAGUUCACUAAAGACAAAUGUGUGAUUAUCGAUGAUUCGAUCAAAAAUCUACUUGCACACGUUCAAGCUAUCGGUGAUCUGGGCGCGAAUGAUAUUCGAAUAUUCAAAGAACGUCAACAUGAUACAUCCGACUAUAAGGUAACAUUGUUUCUUGUUCGACCAAAAGUUAUUUAUAUGGAAGUCAUUGCCAAUAUGAUUAAAGAUGAACUUAGCAAAUUAAAUUCUCAAAGAUCGAAAGGUGCAAGUCCAAAACAGUAUGGAAUUAUCUUCGUACCACGUCGUUCGCGUGUUUGUGAAGAAAAACUAAAAGAACAAGGUGUUCGUGGUGAUAUCAUCAUCGAUGAAUUAAACUUAGAUUUCAUUCCCAUUGAUACCGACGUAUUAUCAAUGGAAUCGAAUGAUUGUUUUCGUGAUAUUUACCUGAAUAAUGAAACCACAUCGUUAUUCAAUCUUGCCCAUGGUCUUAUAACAUUUCAGAAAUUGUAUGGAAUUAUUCCAAACGUGUUCGUCAAAGGUGAUAAGGCUAAACAGUGUUAUGAUACGAUGAUGAGAAUGCAACGUGAAGUGCCUGAUAAUGAAAAGAAAGUGCCAACACAAAUAGAAAACAUGAUUCUAAUCGAUCGCACAACUGAUUUGAUUACACCGAUGAUGAUACCAGCAACAUACGAAGCUUUACUUGAUGAAGUUUUCAACAUACAAUUCAAUCGGAUCGAAGUACCAACAUCAGCAUUUAGUGAACACUUUUGCGAAGCACAAAAAAUCGACGCCAAAACUCAAGACAAAGUAGCUGUACGUUUGCUAACCAGUGAUCAAUUGUAUUCCGAUACACGUUAUCUACAUAUGAUCACUGUGGGUCGAGUGCUUCAAGAAGGUGCUCGUGCGCAGAAGCAAUUACGGAAAGAUUUCGAUGACAAAUUCUCCGGUUCAGCAUCAACAAUUCAAGGCAAGAAACUUGCUGAUCUACGCGAAUUCGUUACUCGCAUAUCCAAUCAAAAUGCGAAAACACAAACCUUAUCCACACAUCUUGAAUUAGCCUGUGCGGUGAAACAAGAACUAACAGCGAUUUAUGAUAUGUGUCUAGCCAAACAAUUGUCAAUGCUCUUCGCACCAACCUUACAAGAUGCUAUGCGUCAUCUCGACGAACGUAUUGCAUGGAAAGACGAUGUUUUCUGUAUCUUACGUUACCUCUCUAUUGCUACACACGCAUUGGGUCCGCAAUUAAAGCGCAAAGAUUACGAUGCGAUUAAAAAAGAUCUUAUCCAGACAUUCGGUCUCCAAUAUCUUGUGUUAAUUCAUGCCAUGGAACAAAUUGGACUGCUAAAUUUGAUAGAUCCAACGAAAAGCUCGUCAACGUUACGAACAAACGAAACGCCACUCGAACGAUUGAAACGGGAAUUCAAUUUACUACAAGAUGAUGAAACAGUCAAUAUCACUGAUCCACAAGAUAUUUCAUACAUUUUCUAUCAAUAUGCCCCGAUCAGUAUUCGAUUGAUUGAGAAAAUUGUUUUUCAAACAUCGACAAACAUUCAAGAAACAAUGAACAAUUUGCCUGGUACGACAUUUAUCGAUACGCAACAAGUUCCGAUGGAAUUAAAACGUCAUCGACAUGAUUCCACUGCCUCAUUGAAUUCACUGAACAAAACAACAAAACCAGCAAAUCAAUUGCCACAGCAAAGUAUCGAAUCUAAAGCUACCUUAGUUGUGUUCGUUGGUGGAGUGACUUACGGAGAAAUCGCCGCACUACGAUUUCUUGCUGAUAAAAAUCAUGACUUUGUUGUUGCAACAACACAUUUCAUAAAUGGAAAGAAUUUAAUGAAAUCUUUACUCGAUGUGCCAAUCUUACCUCUGUGA